CGAAUAGAUAGAUAUGGUGCGUCUCCCAAACACCUUUAAAGUUCCAGCUAACGAGAAAUCAGGAACAUGGUUCCGCCUCUUCAAAGGCAAACCCACACGCCCGAAUGCACGCGUCCCGCGAACACAUCCGCGACGGGGACGCCCUGCCGAAGAAGAGGAACCUAGCAUCCUCCGCAAAUUCCUCGAAAACGGCGCGACAACCAUCGCCGCCCUGCUGAUGGUCGGCGUAGGCGGGUACUCGUACCACGUCUUCUACAAGAGCCUGGUGCUCCGCAAAAUCGACAAUGCAUUUUCGCCCGGUUUCUCAUCGCUUGAGCUUGCCGCGCUUGCGCAGCACGGGUAUACAUACUCACCCGAUCAGGGGAUCGACAGUAUAGACGACGAGAAGAAAUUCCGGAUCACACGGCCGGAGCAGGGUCUCAUCGACGGGAUUGUUUCCGGACGGGUCAAGGGGCACUACUACCUGCUCUUCGGCGAAAAGGGGACCGGGAAAACAUCCAUGCUCCUCGAGGCCAUGUCAAAGAUCCACGGGGACGGCGUCGGAAUGCUCGAGGCGCACGGAGACAUCGAGGUGUUCCGCCUCCGGCUGGGCAAGGCGAUUGACUACGAGUACCAUGAGGAUUACAUCGGGGGCAUGUUUAGUAUCCGCGGACCGCGGGAUUCGACUCCUCUACUGGACAUCGAGCGCGCGCUGAAUAAACUCGAGAAAGUUGCGCUUGCACGGAGGAAAAUCCGCGACCAGCCGCUUGUUCUUAUUGUGUCUAAUCUGCAUUAUCUGCCGGAUAACACCGAGGGGCAGCACCUUGUCGAUCUGCUGCAGCAGCGCGCAGAGAUGUGGGCUGCCAGUGGUCUUGUCACACUGGUCUUCACGAGCGACCAGUAUCGCACGACGGAGAUGCUGCGCUUACACGCGACGCGGCUGCAGGUGCUAAAUGUACAAGAUAUCCCCAAGGUCGACGCGAUACGUGCGCUGGGCGUGUUCCGGCAGCAGGCGUUCCGCGAGGACGUUUCCCCGAGUAUCCUCGAACAGGUGUAUAGCCUCGUCGGCGGAAGAUUGAUUUUCCUCGACCAGGUCGCGCGCUCGAAGGAUAUGCUACGCACGUGUCGAUCCAUCUGCGAGAAGGAGAAGAGGUGGUUGCUCUGCAAGUGUUGGAUUCUCGGAGCCGAUAUGGAUGAUAAGGCGGAGGACCAGCAGGAUCUUUCUUCUGGCGCAAUGCUCCUAGGCAAAACGCUCGUUCAGAUGGAGCAGAAUGCGGACCGGUCAUCGUUCGUCUCGGGCCUCCCCGGGAUCCCGCUGCACAAGGCACAGGAGCUCAUGACGCGCGCAGAUCUCAUCAAAGGACUGGACGAGAUGAAUAUCAUUGCGAUUGACGCGGAUGCCGUCGUUCGCGCAGACUCUGUGCCCAUGCAAAAUGCCUUCCGGACUGUUUGUAAUGAGCCCGGGUUUGAGGAGCACCUUGGGGCGACGCUGGAACGGCUGGAUGAACUGGAAGGGUUGGGGAGGACGACCGAGUUGCGGCUCAAAGAUUUUAUGGAUGGAGAGUAUGAGAUUCGGGUGAGGAGGGGGGAUCAGGGGGAUGCGGUUCUUAGAGUGGAGAAGACGGGGAAGUGAGUGAUAUUAUAUUCAGUGGAUCUCUAACCGACCGAUAGAUUAUACGAUAGACUUUUCCCGCUUGCUUAUCCAGAUUCGGAUACCCUUGCCGUAUAUGUACAUUGGUACGGUCGUCAACAGGAAUGCCAAAUGGAG